ACGCGCAAACCUCGCAACACACUGGCUGUGUCACUUGCCCAGGGUUGCAACGGCUCGUAAUUCGCCAUGCGAAAUUGAGUGGAGGAAAGAAAAUAUGAAAAACGGAGAAACAAAGGAUUGUCUGGUUCUGGAGUGACUGUUUCGGAGAAAUUUCUCAUCUGCGAGUGGAAAAAUAAUAAAUUCACGAAUAAAAAAACUAUUCGAUUAAGUCGGAAUGGAAGUUAGUUACGGAGAACGAAUGUUGAUUGAGUUGAUGAAUUUUUAGCAACGACUCGUCAAAUUCAUGGCAGCAUGAAUCGCAGUCGAAUUGCAUUGUGACCAUUGAAUUUUAUGGAACGAGUGAAUCGAGCAAUAAUGAGAAUGCGAAUAACAAUAGUUGGAGUAUCGACGAAUAAUAAACUGUGGAAAAAUUAGUGAAUCAACCGUAACGACUAAUGAAUAAAACACAUUUCACGAAAUUCAAAGAUUCGCGUUCACAACGACAGGAAUAAUAAUAUAAAAUAAUAGAGAAAAAAAAACAUAACGGUUGUGUGGAUUGCAAGCGAUAAAAAAAUGUCGCGAGUUAUCUUGUCAAGCUCUCGUGUGAUCAGCGAGCGUCAACGUCUCGUGCCAUUCCUCGUCCUCGCGACCCUCCUCGUCGGCGUGCGACCUCAAAUCGUCGAACCGAAUUUCAAAGAACCCAUCAAGAACGAGACCGUACCGGUUGGUCGUGAAGCCAUUUUGGCUUGUCUCGUGCAAGACCUCGCGGUUUAUAAGGUGGCCUGGCUGAGGGUCGACACUCAGACGAUCUUGACGAUAGCGAAUCACGUGAUCACGAAGAAUCAUCGAAUAGCUGUGACUCACAGUGAUCACCGCACGUGGUUUCUUCACAUAAGGGAGGUUCGGGAAUCCGAUCGUGGAUGGUACAUGUGUCAGAUCAACACGGAUCCGAUGAAGAGUCAAAACGGAUAUUUGCACGUCGUCGUACCUCCGGACAUAAUCGACGAUCAAACUAGCACAGACAUGGUCGUGAGGGAAGGCAGCAACGUAUCACUCUCCUGUGCUGCAACUGGCUCACCCACUCCGAAUAUAACCUGGCGACGAGAAGACAAUCAAAAGAUCCUUCUCGACAAUGGACUGAAAGUGAGCAGCGUGGAAGGGCCAUACUUGAACAUAACGAAAGUAAAUCGACUCCACAUGGGACCGUACUUGUGUAUAGCGUCGAAUGGCGUUCCACCUUCAGUCAGUAAAAGGAUAAAAUUAAUAGUGCAGUUUACUCCAAUGAUUUGGAUUCAAAACCAGCUGGUAGGUACUGAACUCGGACAACCUGUCACGCUCGAGUGCCACUCCGAGGCGUUUCCAAAAUCGAUAAACUACUGGACGAGGGAUAAGAAUGACAUUGUUGCUCAGGGAGGAAAAUACGACACUGAGCUCAUCGACAACGCGUACAAAGUUCGCAUGAAGUUGACCAUCCACUCCGUAACAGAAAGUGAUUACGGAGCUUAUAAAUGCGUUUCAAGGAAUUCUCUCGGCGACACUGACAGCACUAUCAAGCUUUACCAAAUAUCCUCGUCGGGGGGUUCGCAUCACCCGUUCGGAAAUGGCACGAAAUACAAAGGUAAACUGAAGAAAAACAGUGGGAACCAUUUGCUCGAGGGGAACCAGGACAUGCUGAAAGAGAGAGACUUAAAACUCCGCGGGCGAAAAGACAGUGGCGAAAAUGAGGACGACGAAGAUUACGAGUACUCUUCCGGCGCUGCGAGUCCGAGAAAUUAUUCAGACAGCGGUCUCGUCGCGGUGCUUGGACUUUUCUCCCUCUUUUGCCUUAAUUAUCAUCUUUAUCAUCACCACCAUCAUCAAUCGGAGCUUCGGACUUUUCGCCCCGUUUGAAACAAGGCUCCAUUCACCUUUACAAUCAUUUUAAAUUCACAACACCGAAGACUUUCCUAUCACGAAGCAUAGUAUGAGAGGAGAAAAUAAAAAGGAACGAGGAGGGAGUGAGAAGCUGCGAAAAAAGCUUGGGACUACACUCGUGCGUAAAAUCAUCGUGAAAUGGUAGCUGGGACACGAGGAUGAUCCGUGUCAGGUUAAAUCGCUUCGUACCUUGAUCGUCCAAAACAACAUUUUAUUCGUACUCACUCUGCCUUGAGCAGCAAUAAAAAUUGACGGUGUAUCGAGUGUCCAAUUUUUCAAUGUAAAUAAAUAAAAAGCACUGCCCCGUAGGAGAUUAAGUUUCGUACAAAACUUCGUCGGUUUAGCACGCCCUACAAUAUCGCCAGUGCGGUUUCGACCUUAAGAAUAAAUCCUGAGGUCACGGGAGGAAGGUCAAAUCAAAAUUUUGCAAUCGGAUCAUCAAUUUUUAUCGCAGUUUCUUAUCGCUGAUUCAUUGAAAACACGAAAAUCCCAGAACGAAAAUUGAACACUCUGUACACGUCACAGCUUUUGUCUUGUUCGUUUCAAUUAUCGAGACUCCCGGACAUCAAGAAUGCGGUGUAUCGAAGGCUGUUUAAUAUAUCUGUACGUCGCUGAGAUUAUUAAUUAAUUAUUUAUUUGUAUCGUCGUGCGCAUGGGUGCCUCGUAGGUUCGUGAACGUCUGUUUAAGACACAGAAAGACAAAAAUCUAAUAUAUACGAAUAAUAUAUAAAUGAAUAUAUAAAUAAAUAUCUGUAGCUCGUAAGUAAUAGAUUACAAAAGCUUUAACGACUGUCGAAGACGAGCAGCUUUGAUCGCCUCGAAAAGUGUGUAAUUGUACAAAAAUAAACGUUUGAGAUAAACACGUUUAAUUACAAAACAAAAUAGAAAAGGUUAAUACUUGUGCAGAAACGAUUAAUUUGGACGUGAGCUCGUCGCGAGGAGCAGAAAAAAUGAUUUACGAAAUUUUCUUCCGUUUUACGUCUCCAAAAAACACUUGUGAAAAUCUGCGUCAAAGUCGAGUGAUCUCAGUAGAUGACCAUGGAACUAAUUCUAAGGAGAAUUAAGCAUUUUAUAAAAUCAAAUCGAUUUCAUCGCGUGGAAACUGUUGCACCACAUUCUCCUUUUCUCUCUCUCUCUCUCUCUCUUACCGUUCGUCGGUAAUUCGAAUUCUUACUAUUUUGGUCCUCGGUAACAUUCGUACCGUGAUAAAAUUCUGACUCGAAGCUCUAAACUUUUUCAAAAUAAUAUAAUCCUCCCAGAAAAAUCUUGAUCAGUCAAUGUUUCAAUAAAUAGUGCAAACAUUUCACUAUUCCAGUGUUCAAAACUCUUCGAGCUUUCGCCUUUUCGUAUUAUAAACGUGCAUAACUUUGUUUUUUUAACAAAACUAUGAAUUCUUUUUCUCGUCAUCAGCAUUGUAAAUAUCACGAGCCAUGUCACCAGUCACCUCGAAUUAUUUUGUGACAAAAUUUCCGGAGAGACAAGAUAAAAAAUAUAAAAACGAAUCUGCAUUCUCUUCAUUAGGCAAACGGCUAAAUACGUCGCUCACUGACGUCGUGAAUGAAAAUAAAAGGGCGAAACAAAAGCUCACAAAACAAAACAUAUUUGCUGGGAAAACGUUGAACGUUUUCACCCCAACAAAUCAUGACUGAGAACAUUUUUAUUCUCGCCCUCAUAUCAUGGCUAACUGCCUGAUAACGAAUGAAGUCAAAAUUUAGAGUUUUUUGCCAUUGUUAAAAAAAGUCGCACUAAUUUUCGUUCGUUAGAAAUCGCAGUUAAUGAAUGACGAAUGGAUUGACGAAUGCUUUCGAAUGAUACUUCUGAAAAGUUUCAUUGAUUCUGCGAAAAGUUUCAGAAUGACGGUAGAAAAGAAACGAGAAAAAUAUUCAAUAAAAAACGCUCUCGAUUAGUGGCGAGGUGGACGAAUGAAAUUUUCACAAAGACGCGAACGAUGAACGUUCCACAGUAGAAAAACGAGAUUUAAUGUUAUCAUUAAACAUAUUCGUAUGUACAGGGUCGAAAAUUUGUCAUCAGAACUUAUUUCCUGUUUCCCAACGAUUUUAAUAGCACGGAAUUUUUGCAAAUUUCGAAAUGUCGAUGUUGAAACAGCAAGAAAAAAGGUCGUUCGAACGACCAUCCAAAUUUGCAGCCCUGCAUAUAUGCAAUAUUAAAAAUAAACGAAUAUAACAAAAUUGAGCGCUGUGCUCCCAGUUUGAUUGAUGCAUUUUCGCAAAAUCGUCAGUCAUUGUAAAGCUUCUCGAUGAUAAUAAACUUAAUAACGAUAAUAUCGAAUAAUAAUAAGAAUAAUUAAUGAAAUAAUAAUAGACGAAAUUAUUACGUACCUCCGGAUAAAAUAUAAACACACUAUUAUAUUUGUACAACAACUGACUGUAGAAAAUAAGGGUUGUAAAUAAAAAAAUGUAUUCGAAGAAACUGUA